CUGGAUAGGGGCGGGGGCCGGCGGCUGCACAUCUGGCCGGAGGGGGCGGGGUCGGUCCUGGGCGGGAGCGCAGGGCCGCGAGCCGCUGGGGUCUGGAGCAUGGGACAGCGCGCCUGACAGCCGAGGCUGAGCUAAGAGACCCCCCCGACAAAAGGAGCCAGAGGAGCAAGGAGCGGGACGCCAGAUCCGAGCUAGCUGGAAGAUGCAACUGAGUCGCUGCUGCUUCGUGUUCCUAGUGCAGGGCAGCCUGUAUCUGGUCAUCUGUGGCCAGGAAGAUGGUCCCCCCGGCUCCGAAGACCCCGAACAUGAUGACCACAAAAGCCAGUCCCGGGCCCGGAUGCCUCGGAAGCGGGGCCACAUCUCCCCCAAAGCCCGCACCAUGGCCAACACCAGCCUGCUAGGGCUGCUGGCGCCUCCUGGGGAGACAUGGGGGGGCCCUGGGCAGCCCCCCAACCGCCCAAACCAGAGCCCCGCACCCUCAGCCAAGGUGAAGAAAAUCUUUGGCUGGGGCGACUUCUACUCCAACAUCAAGACGGUGGCCCUGAACCUGCUGGUCAUAGGUAAGAUUGUGGACCACGGCAACGGGACCUUCAGCGUCCACUUCCGGCACAAUGCCACGGGCCAGGGCAACAUCUCCAUCAGCCUGGUGCCCCCCAGUAAGGCCGUGGAGUUCCACCAGGAGCAGCAGAUCUUCAUCGAAGCGAAGGCCUCUAAGAUCUUCAACUGCAGGAUGGAGUGGGAGAAGGUGGAGCGGGGCCGCCACACCGCCCUGUGCACCCACGACCCAGCCAAGACCUGCUCCCGGGACCACGCGCAGAGCUCGGCCACUUGGAGCUGCUCGCAGCCCUUCAAGGUCGUCUGUGUCUACAUCGCCUUCUACAGCACGGACUACAGGCUGGUGCAGAAGGUGUGCCCCGAUUACAACUACCACAGCGAUGCCCCCUACUUCCCAUCCGGCUGACCUCGACCAGGCUGUCCCCAGGAGAUCCCAGAGCUGGACGCUGGGCAGGGCAGGGCAAGGAGGGGGUGCAGAGGAGGAGAGGCCGAGGAGGGCCGGGGAGAGGGUCCCAAGGGCUGGCCACAGGUUGAGGCGGUGGAGGGGCCAGGACACAGGAGUUGGGGGCCCCUGCCACACUGGGGGGAUCAGACCCCCCCAGCACCAGCAAGAGACAGGCAGAGCAGAAGCGCCAGAUAAAGUUCUGGGGAAGGAGCCUGGCUCCAAAGGACAGCUGAGAGGGGCUUCCUAUGAGUCAGCUUAGUGGGGUACGGGGAGGGGGUGUUCUCCAUCCCCAGCCUCCAUCCCCUCCUGUGGCCUGGACCCUGCUUGAAGCCCAAGCAGUGGCCCCGGGAGUCUCUGAGGUUUUGGACAAUAGACUGUCUCUCCCCAGCCAGGGCACCCCCUUACAAAAUGUCCCCUCCUUCCCUCGAGUCCCAACCCACUCUUUUGCUGAUGGAGUACUUCAUGUGAGGGGCCUUGUCCCUGCACCUGUGGCCCUGUGUGCUGUGUCCCUCUUCCGCCCCACCCCGUGGGCAUGUCCUUGUCCCAGCCUUACCCCUUUGGUGUCCUGGGGCCCUAAACAAGCAGGUGGGGCCCUCACAGAGAGGCAGGGGUGCACUACCCUGUUCUGUGGUUUCUGUCUGUGGAGGGGGGCGGGAGGGACGGGCUCGUGAAGUCACUCGAGUGUCACCUUGUGUGUGUGCGUGCGUGUGGAAUCUUGUGCUGGGAGUGGGAAUAAAGCUUGCCCAGGCA